AUGGCAGACGAAGUCUUUCCAAUCAUUGACCUAUCUCAAGACGGGAACUGGCCCGAUCUAAAGGGUCCUGAAAUCGUCGAAGCUUGCAAGAAAUGGGGUUUCAUGAUCUUGACGGGCCAUGGGAUUCCUAAAGACAUCAUUGACUCCAUGUUUGAGAUGCAUCAAGCCUUCUGCACGCUUCCAGAAGAGCAAAAGCUCGAGUGUGUUAUCGACGAGCGCCAAAUUGGCUACGAUUUGAAACGCUCCAAAAUCGGGAUGAACGAAUGUAUGGUUUUUGGCGGCGUAAAAGGCGAUAUUGUUCAAGGAGAUAACAUCCAUCCCUGGUGGGACGCCGAGAAGCGAGCCAAAGUGGAGGAAUUCAAGGAGAAGGCUCACAACCUCGGCCUUGAACUCCUCAAAGUGUUUGCUACGUCUUUUGGGCUCGAUCCAGAAUAUUUCACCUCUGCUCACAAUAUGAAUCAGGGACCAGGAAGCGUGCUUCGGAUGCUACACUAUCCAAAGCUAGGCGAGAAGCCCAAGGAGGAUUUUCCGCGCCUCUACUCGCAUACGGACUGGGGCUCCUUGACAUUCGUAUGGCCCCGUUCUGGGGGGCUGGAGGUCGAGACUCCAUCGAAGAGAUGGAUCGAAGUUCCUUUGAUCCCUGACUCCAUCGUGGUCAAUGUCGGCGAUGCCAUGUCUUUGUGGAGUGGACAGGCUCUGAAGUCCACGCUGCACAAAAUCUCAUUCGACAACCUACCAAUUGACCAGACCAGAUGGUCCAUGGCUUACUUUGUCAAUGCAAAUACUCUCUGGAACAGGUCUAACAAAUGUGAGAUAGAUGCGAAGUUGGAAAUCCUGAAGCGAGAGGAAGAUGGUAGACUCACACUCUCAUCCGACCAGCACACGAUUCUGACGGCUGGUGAAUACCAUCAAGCUAGACUUUACAUGUCCCAAAAGGAAGAUGCAAAGAAUAAUUGGGUUGGGCAGUCUGAUCUGUCUAUAUUGGACACGGCUCAUAAGCUUGCUUCUGUCGUUGAAAGGCUGGGAGUUGCAAAUGGGUCUGGCCUGGUAAACUUCUCUCGAUCUUGA